AUGAAGAGAACAUCAGUAAAAACUAUUCCGCUUAACGAAUGUGUAAAGAACAAAUGCAUUUCUAAUCGAUCACUAUCUCUCUCUCAAUCUAUCUCUUUUGUUGUUUUUCUCUCACUCUCGAUCUGCUUCUGCGUCUAUUUGUUUCUAUCUCUAUAUCUCUCUCCUUCUUCACAUCAUCUGCGCCUGUCUCUCUCAGUCACUCUAUAUUCAUCCCUCUCACCUCUCAUCUCUUUCUCUUCUUCUGAAUUUCUCUCUAUCUCCCUCUACGUCUAUCUCUGUCAAUAUUUCUCCAUAUGUCCAUCCGUCUCUAUCUCCCGAUCUCUAUCUAUCUAUCUAUCUAUCUAUCUAUCUAUCUAUCUAUCUAUCGUUCUCCACUUCAUCUGCACCAGUUUCUCUCAGUCUCUCUAUAUAACUCCCUCUCUCCCCCAUCCCAUUCUCUUGUUUUUAGUUUUUCUCUCUUUAUCUCCCUUUACGUGUCUCUCCAUUUUGUUCUAUAUAUUCAUCCGUCUCCUCCUGUCUAUCUCUCUCUCCCUAUCGUUCGCAAUUUCUCUCUUUAUUUAUACCUCUACGUCUGUCUCUCUUAGUUUUCUCUCCCUCUCUUUCUCUCCCCAUCACUGUCUCUUUCGCUCCGCCUAUCUCCCUCAGCGUUUGUCUCUCUCAAUCUAUCUCUGUCAAUCCUCUCCCCACCUCUUCUCUCUCUCUCUCUCUCUCUCUCUCUCGCUAAAUCUCGCGCUCUCUCUCAUUCUCUCUCAUCCCCAAUGUCACCUGGGAUCUAUCAAUGCCAAUUAUCAAGUACGUAGUCGCCUAGCGAAACACAGCCGAUCCCCGUCUUGA